AACUCGACAGUCUCCGAAUCAGAUUGCCAAUGUAGAUUAUGCCCUCGUAUAUUCGGCCGAAAAUGAUGGGUUUGUUUCCGGCCUUGGUUACAGCGGACUAGAGCAAAGGAUCCGAAUCUUGUGAAGUAUAAGGGACCGACGUCUCAUAUUGCUUUGAGACAACUUAGGAAUCUACUCGAUCUUUGUCCAAAGGCCUGGGACUUCUAGCCACUGUGGAAGUUGAAGCUUCAUACGAUCUUAGAGCUUGGUUACACAGUCGAACCCAAUAUGCGUGUCUUUGUUACGGGCGCAUCUGGACUCAUUGGCAGGGCAGUCACCAGAGAACUUCUGAACACAGGCCAUACUGUGCUUGGCCUGGCGCGCUCCGACAAAGCGGCAGAGGUUAUCUCUGACCUCGGAGCAGAAGUUCACAGAGGGUCGCUGUACGAUCUGGACUCUCUGAAGGCGGGUGCUGCUGCGUCGGAUGGCGUUAUUCACCUCGCCUUCGACAUGGACUUCACCAAUGUAAGGAAGAGCUGUGACACAGACCAAGCGGCCAUCCGUGCAAUGGCAGACGCGCUCGCUGGUUCGAACCGUCCUUUGAUCAUCACGUCUGGAACACUUCUUUUGCCAAGGGACCGCGUCGCGACUGAGGACGACGUCUACGACCCUUCAACGGGACCGUUAGCCAUCCGCGGGGAGUCGGAAGAAUUGGCCAAGAGCCUCGCCUCGAACGGCGUCCGUUCAGCGGUCAUGCGACUUGCGCCAACCAACCACGGAGACGGCGAUGCCAUGUUUAUGGCCGAAAUAAUCCAUAUCGCACGAGCGAAGGGGGUUUCCGCUUACAUUGGCGACGGGCUAAACCGAUGGCCUGCGGUCCACUACCUCGACACCGCAGUUGCCUUUCGCCUUGCCUUGGAGCAGGGAAGCGCCGGAGCAACGUACCAUGUGGUCGCCGAAGAAGGCGUCAGGAUGAAGGAUAUCGCGGAAGCCAUUGGAAAGAAACUCGAGGUACCCGUCGUGUCAAAGUCCAUGGAGCAGGCGCAGGAGCAUUUUGGGUUUUUCGCCGCUCUUGUUGGGGCGAAUAGUCCUGUUUCAAGCAAGAAGACCAGAGAAGCCUUGGGGUGGACUCCGAAGCAAUGGACAUUGCUGGAGGAUCUUGAGCACGGAAAGUAUUUUGAGUGAAGAGAUCCCGACUGAACCACGCGUGUCGUAGGAUGUCUCAGGAAACUUUCAGUCGUGGCUCGCUAGGUGUAAUAGCCGAC